CACAACUGUGUUAAAAGACAGAGCCGAGUGUAAAGUUAGUACUUCUCCCGUGAACACAGAAACACAGUUCACUGAGAACUGAGCACAAGGUAACAGCCCAUCUCUGUACUUUACAGGUAGAUUAGUUCUUUGGCUGCAGACUUUAUGGUGACUGAAAAAAUGAGAACUGCAGUGUGUACCAUCUUUCUCUUGCUGAGCCUAUAUCAAGGCGAGGCACUAAAGUGUAACUACUGUUUCUCAAAGGGGGGUAGUCUCUGCACCCCGACCAGCAUCCAGACCUGUUCAGGAUCAGCUAAUGCUUGUGGUGCUGUCAUAUUCCAAGACCCACUGAACUCUUCGUUCCGUCAGUGCAUUAACAUGGCAGUGUGUCAGGGCUACAUCACAACACCCGGUGUGAUCGCCAGCUGCUGCAGCACUGACCUCUGCAACUGAGUCUCUUCUCCUUAGCCUGUGACCACAUGCAUGGUCUUUGAUCAUAGAUUUCUCCUGUUCAGACUGCACUCUGUUGGCUUCAUAUUGCUGUUAUUCUGCUGCACACAAAUCUAAGUCUGUCUGAAUUGUUUCAAUAAAAUUAAAAGGUUGAAUGGUA